ACCAAGAACUCAUCAUACAUCAUGGUUCACCUCGGACAAGUCACGAACGAUUCGGAGAUCCAGAAGGACAACUCCCAAGGCAUUGACCUGUCCAAGCUAGGUCCCGAGGGCAGCCAGCCUGACGACUUCGAGACCAGCAUCUAUGGCAGUCGUUUCGCAGCAGAGGAUCUCCCCAGACAUGAGAUGCCUGAGAAGGAGAUGCCCGCUGCCACUGCCUACAGAAUGAUCAAGGACGACCUGACCCUGGACGGCAACCCUACCCNNUUAAAACACAGCCUUGCCUCGUUUGUUACCACCUACAUGGAGCCCGAAGUCGAGAAGCUCAUGAUGGAUGCCUUUGCCAAAAACUUCAUCGACUAUGAGGAAUACCACAUCCAGAACCGCUGUGUCAACAUGAUCGCUCGUCUCUUCAACAUCCCUACCCAUGACGAUGACAGCAAUGCCAUGGGAACGUCGACCGUCGGCUCAUCCGAAGCCAUUAUGCUCGCUACGUUGGCCAUGAAGAAAUCUUGGGUCAACAAGCGCAAGGCAGAGGGCAAGGACUACUCUCGUCCCAACAUCAUCAUGAACUCGGCCGUUCAGGUGUGCUGGGAGAAGGCUGCUCGUUACUUCGAUGUCGAGGAAAAGUACGUCUACUGCACAAAGGACCGCUUUGUUAUCGACCCUAAGGAGGCCGUCGACUUGAUCGACGAAAACACCAUUGGUAUCUGCUCUAUUCUCGGUACCACCUACACUGGCGAGUACGAGGACACUAAGGCCAUCAACGACCUCCUGGUCGAGCGCAACAUUGACAUUCCCAUCCACGUCGAUGCUGCGUCCGGUGGUUUCGUUGCACCGUUCGUGAACCCCGACCUCGUCUGGGACUUCCGUCUCGAAAAGGUCGUCUCAAUCAACGUUUCUGGCCACAAGUACGGUCUUGUCUACCCUGGUGUCGGAUGGUGCAUCUGGCGUGAUCCCAAGUACUUGCCCACUGAGCUGAUCUUCAACAUCAACUACCUUGGUGCUGACCAGGCUUCCCUUACCCUCAACUUCUCUCGUGGUGCUUCCCAGGUUUUGGGCCAGUACUACCAGCUGAUCCGUCUGGGCAAGCACGGCUACCGUGCCAUCAUGUUCAACCUGACCAGAACUGCAGACUAUCUGGCUGCCUCUGUUCAGAAGAUGGGCUUCCUGCUCAUGUCUGAGACCCGUGGAAACGGUCUUCCUCUGGUUGCCUUCCGCCUUAACCCCGACGACGGCCACAAGUUUGACGAGUUUGCUAUCGCACACCAGCUCAGACAGCGCGGAUGGGUUGUCCCUGCUUACACCAUGGCUCCUCACUCGGAGGGUCUGAAGAUGAUGCGUGUUGUUGUCCGUGAGGAUUUCUCGCGCAGCAGAUGUGAUGCCUUGAUCGCCGACAUCAAGCUCGCUAUGGAAACCUUGGGCAAGAUGGAUGAGCAAAAGAUCAAGGAGCACAAGGAGCAGAUCAAGCAGCACGGCACCGCCACUGGCCGUCAUAAGAAGAUGAACCAGCACUUCACCGACGAGAAGCACUCGCUGCAGGGCAAGACUGGCAAGACUCACGCUGUCUGCUAG